CCAUUAUUUUACCCCAAAAAAAGGGAAAUCAAAAUACCGCUCACUCUUACCCGCUCGUUACUCCCUCUUUUUCUCAUCUAUGUAUUUAGAAUCAGUUAAAUGUCUGAACUACGGCCUUCGAUUCGUGAAGGGAAAAGCCCUAGCUAGCUCUGAAGUUAAAUGGAAGCCUUAGCUGCUGAACAUUUAGAGAGAAUCUGUAUUGUUUCGUCCUGUAUUUAGCUAAAAGGGAUAGUAUUCUUAGCAGUUCGGGUUUUGAAGUAUUCAUAGCGUUUUAGCUUUGCAAUUUCUGAAAAUGGUUGGAAAUACAUUAGUCCAGAUUCCAGCAUGCCCGUCUUUGUCAUCUUCAACUUUGACCACCCUCCCGCAUUCUUCUCCAAAAGUUUUGCCAUGUCUUCCGCCUAAACUAAGAAUGAGGUUGGCAAAAGUUAGAGCUAUGUCUGCUAGUACUGAGCAUAACCCACAAUCCAGUUCUUCGGAGCAAAAGAAUCCGCUUGCUGUUGUUUUAGAUAUUCCUCAGAAUAUUUGGAGACAAACAUUACGUCCAUUGAGUGAUUUUGGGUUUGGUCGUAGAAGCAUUUGGGAAGGUGGGGUUGGGUUGUUUCUUGUGUCAGGUACUGUGCCGCUUGCACUUAGUCUGGCUUGGUUAAGGGGGUUUCAGAUUCGUUCUAAAUUCCGGAAGUACCUAGCGGUGUUUGAAUUUGCUCAGGCAUCUGGUAUUUGCACUGGAACACCUGUUAGGAUUAGAGGGGUGACUGUAGGCAAUGUUGUACGUGUUAAUCCCUCCCUGAAAAGUAUAGAAGCUGUUGUUGAGGUUGAAGAUGAUAAGAUUAUUAUACCUCGAAAUUCGCUGAUUGAGGUCAACCAAUCUGGUCUUUUGAUGGAAACUUUGAUUGACAUCACACCACGGGAUCCAAUUCCAUCACCUUCUGUGGGACCUCUUGAUGCAGAAUGUGUUAAGGAAGGCCUAAUUGUAUGUGAUAGACAAAAGAUAAAGGGGGAACAAGGGGUAAGUCUGGAUGCCUUAGUAGGGAUUGUGACCCGUCUUGCUCGUCAAAUGGAGGAAAUUGGUAUUGCCAACACCUAUUCACUUGCCGAGCGCGUUGCUGCUGUUAUUCAGGAUGCAAAGCCCCUGCUCACAAAGAUUGAAGCCAUGGCCGAAGAUGUGCAACCUUUGUUAUCUGAACUUCGUGAUAGUGGUCUGCUUCAGGAGGUUGAGAAUUUGACCAGAAGUCUAACACAAGCCUCUGAGGAUUUAAGGAUGGGAAGGAGAUGGCAUCAGUGCUUUAUACUUAUCGCAGCUGUGUCAAAGCACUUCCUCAGGGGGUAUGUUGGAAUUCACAGUUCGGGAUUCAGAAACUUUCUGCUGAAACCGGAGCUGCUUCAAUCUAUUGUGGAUUCUGGUUUUGAACAUCCUUCCGAAGGCAAAGUUUUAAACUCAUGUCUGAUGUUAACAUUCGUGAAUUCCAUGAAUUAAGUCAUUUUGUUUUUCUUGUUUUUAGUGACUUAUAAUGGUGGGCAGUAUACAAGUUUGGUGCUUUAUUAUUUUGAUUCUAUAUUUAUAUUUAAUCUAAUUUUUAUUAUUUAUUUUAA